AUGACUGAAGUUUCUCCUUCUUCAAAGAAAGUGGACGAUUUUUUGUCCAGUAUAUCCGAAUUAUCUCAAGAAAGAUUGAGGGAGGACCAGAAAAGACAGAGAGACUUGCAAAGAAAUAUUGAUGAUUUGAGACUGAGACUGAACAGUUCUUCUCCUAUUAAAGGUUCAUCGUAUCAGCCGCUGUUUUCGUAUAGUUCAACACGAGGACACGGUGAUAUUCCUCUGUUGAAGUUCAAUAGGAGUGGUAGACUGAAUAUUGAUCAUUUUUCAACAAGUAUAAAGAAUCUUGAAGAAGAUGCACCUCCUGAAAUGCCUCUGAGACCAAGUAGUGUCGGAAGACAGUACAGGAGUUCGAGACUAAUUGAGACACCACCUCCAAUGCCAAGAAGACCGGCCAAUGAAGACGAAGAAUCACCCCCUCCUAUGCCUCCUCGCAGAGACGUAAAGAGACCAGGCCCCACUAAACCUUCAAAACCUUCUGGAAUGUCAUCCAAAUUUGACAUAGAAUUAAUAAAUCCGGUUCCAAUAAAAGUUAAACCAGAGCUGCGGUUGAAGAAGGAUUUCAAAGAACCACCGUAUAAGCUGAAGUCUCCUUCAAACGAGGGUAACAAAUAUAGAUCGUUUACUGAAUUAGAAAAUGACAUUAAAAAGGGGUCUGAUUUAGGAGGAAAUACAAAAGAUAUGGUGGAAGAUAUUUUUUCCGUGAAUUCAAAAACUAAUCCUACUUCUAAGCCUAUUAAACCUAUAAAAUCGGACAAGCUUUCUACAAAGCUAACCGUUGAAGGCAAGGUCGAAAGAACACCGAAUAUAGUGCCGAAACCUACAUACCUCAGUGCGUUAUCGGCAACAAAGCACAACUCAGAUUCACGUCUGUUACAAUCAGCUUCAUCAGGUGCAAAACAGAGAUUUAUUCCAGAUCAUAAUGAUCCAAGCGAUGUAUCUAUAAUCAAACCGACUUCUCCUCAACGGGAGAAGAAGCAGAAUUCGUGGCUUGACAGUGCUAUAAAAAAGAGCGAUACAUUGGAGUCGCUGGUAAAGACAACUAAUAGCCAAAAGGAUUGGUCUAUUAAAAAUGCCAAACCAUUAGAGCCUUCUCUGUUCGCUACAAGUAAAUCACCCGAACCUCGCAGAUCUGACUUUAAAACACCUCCAAAGCCCCCUAAACCAUCCCUCGAAAAGUAUACUCGAACGGAGAAUGAACUUUUGAAAUCUCAAAUGCAAAAGUUAUCAUCAUCGACGAAUAGGGCUGCACCACCAAAGCCAGCCAAACCAUCAAUUUCGAAAUAUGAAGAGCAGGAUACGGAAAUCUUGAAGGCCCAAAUGCAGAAGCUUUCUCACGGCAAAAAUGCUCCUCCAAAGCCGUCGAAACCAUCUCCUAAGAAAUACCAGGAAGAGGAUAAUGCUAUUCUUAUUUCGCAAAUGAAGAAACUAGGCAAAAAAUCUAACCCAUCCAUUAUUCGUGAUUCUACAGACACAAACCCUGAGGGUUUGGCAGCAUUGGCCAAAUUGAAGCCUGUAAAAGCUGCUCCUCUAUCUCUGUCAAAAAUCGCCUCAUAUAACUCCAUGCCCGAGCCGACAAAGACAAUCGAAAGGAUGAAAACUUCUGACAGAUCCCUCAAAAGCGCAGCUUCUCCCGAAAGGCCUGUGGCUACAAAGUCUCCCUCAUCCUCCGACUUGAACGAAAACAAACCCCCUAAAACUCCUGCUUCGUUCCAAGAUCAGUUAUCAUCAAUUAUACGAGCCAGCACUGUACCGAAUGUUCGUGCAUCAAAGCCCGCAUCAAAUAUCCCCAGGGCCAAUACGCUACCCUUGCGUGAUGAAACUACCAAUGUGACUCAAUCUAAGCUUACACACCCUAACAAGGGCCGCUCAAAAGGUCCAAAGAGAAGGCUACCUAAGAAAAUGGCUAAUAACCCAUCUACGGUUGAAAACACUGGCAGUGCAGAUGUAACUGCAAAUACAGAUAAAAGUUCGACCCAAAUAAACGACUUUAAGCAGAAAAAAAUUCCUCCCCCAAUAAACAAGGCUUCAAAACAGAAAGCAUUGGAUAAUCUUAAACCAAGCCGUAACUUUAGUGGAGAAUUAUUUAUUUAA